ACUACUGCAUUCUUGGUCAGGACAAGGGUUUUUCACAGAACGCUUGGCCUUUGUGAAGCUCACUGUGUUGUUCUCUUAGCUCAAAAGGGAAUUGGUGAAGAAGAUGCCUAGACCAGGGCCAAGACCUUAUGUGUGUGAGAGGAGAGCUUGGCACAGUGAUAGGCACCAACCCAUGAGAGGUUCUCUCAUUCAAGAAAUUUUCAGGGUUGUUCAUGAAAUUCAUAGCUCAGCUAUAAAGAAGAACAAGGAAUGGCAAGAGAAGCUCCCUGUUGUUGUCUUGAAAGCAGAAGAAAUUAUGUACUCCAAAGCCAAUUCCGAGGUAAAAUGUUUUCAUUUUUGCUAUUCUUGGGUUGAAAUUUGAAGCUGUUUACCUCCCAUCCCUUUAAAUUCGAAGGGUAAAACAAAAGUGCUAAACUUUGAUUAUUAUAUUUAUCAGUUGUUUCUGAUUUGGUUGGCCAAAAAAAUAUCAAUUUUGUUGUUUUAUUUCUUCUGCUAAAGAAAACUUUGAACAGUUA